UGAAAUUCUCAUUGAGCUAUCUCUCAUUUGAUGUAAGGACGACGUGGCAACUUUUCGUUUUAUAUCAAGUUGCAAAUCCAAAAUUCUUGUUCAACAAAAUGUACAAAAUUUUCAAUUUUGAUCUGCAAAGGCAAAGGAAACGGCAACAACAGAAACACCAACACCAACAGCAACAGCACGGUCCACGGGACGUGGCCAGAAAAGUGUGCUCGUCUUUCGAGUUCACCUUAUAAUGACGUAAUUGACCAAAAAACAAAAACAAAUAUUGACCAAGAGAGCAAAUAAGCAGCGAGUGCGAGAUUAAACGCGGUCGCACACCCACUCACACACACACACACACACACAUACGGACACCCAUCAAUAGACACAACAAUCAUGACGCCAACGCCGGCAGAGGCAGUGAUAGCAACAUUAACAAAACAAAGAGCAACACAACGUAAGAGAAGAGCAACGAAAACGACGACAAGAAGAACCCAGAGAAACACUUUAAAGAACAUUGAGAAUGAACCACCACCACCACCACCACCAAUCGGCUCUAGUAGUGUGGGCAGUGGUGUACUGAUAAUGACACCGGAUCAAAUUGCCGAAGCAUAUGCAAAGGCCUUAGAGGAGGCCGAGAAGGGGGACAACAUUGACGACGAUUCGGAAUUUGAUGACGGCAGCGGCAGCGUCGGCGGCUCCCUACGCCGACGAUUUAGCUUGCUCAGUUUACUGUCAGCUCUUGAAGCGAUCCGAGACGGCAUCCUCCGUGUAAUUGGCACCGUAUUGAAAAAAAUAUUACGUUUAGACAUGCAUGGCGGCAAUACCGGCAACAAUAUUAACUUUGUCGAAGGGCUUAUAGACUUUAUCGCCGGUUCUCUCGGCGGCGCGGCCCAAGUCUAUGUAUCCCAGCCUUUAGACACUGUCAAAGUGAAGCUACAAACCUUCCCCGAGAGCUAUAAGGGCAUGUGGGAUUGCUUUGUAAAGACAUAUCAGAAGGAUGGCUUUAUGCGUGGUCUUUACGCUGGCUCUGUGCCCGCCGUAUUUGCCAAUGUGGCCGAAAAUUCAGUUCUAUUUGCCGCCUAUGGAGGCUGCCAGAAAUUUGUCUCAUUUAUGGUGGGCAAAGAGGCUAGCACCGAACUGAGUACCGUUGAGAAUGCAUGCGCCGGAUCCCUGGCCGCCUGUUUUUCCACAUUGACACUCUGCCCCACGGAGCUGAUCAAAUGCAAGCUCCAGGCACUACGGGAAAUGAAGAAUUUGGUUGAGCCCAGUGGAUCAUCAGAUUUGCGUACACCAUGGACCCUAACUCGAUACAUUUGGCGAACAGAAGGCAUUCGAGGUUUCUAUCGCGGAUUAAGCUCCACAUUUAUGCGUGAAAUGCCUGGAUAUUUCUUUUUCUUUGGCAGUUAUGAAGGAACCCGCGAAUUGCUACGAAAGGAAACACAGACCAAAGACGAAAUUGGACCAUUGCGUACAAUGAUUGCUGGAGCCUUUGGAGGUGUAUGCUUAUGGACCUCCACAUUUCCGGCCGAUGUGAUAAAGAGUCGCAUACAGGUGAAGAAUCUAAACCAGAGCAUGUUCACCGUUGGUGCCGAUAUUGUGCGGCGUGAGGGCGUAUUGGCCCUUUAUCGUGGUCUAUUGCCCUCCGUUCUACGAACCAUACCGGCAACGGCCACUCUAUUCGUGGUUUAUGAAUAUACAAAGCGUGCCCUGCAUGGAACUCUUUGACCCUCGUUGAAUGCAGGACCAUUGGCAUCAUCAUGGAGGACAUUGUCGUGGGCUUGGCUGCGGGCAGCCAUCAUCAUCGUUAUCAACAAAAUAGACAUCAUCUUAGGCUUAGAUCUUUUUAGUGUUGCCAGUAAAUUUGUUAUACCAUGUGACUACGAUAGAAAAACUAAAAACCACAAAACCACCAAA